ACUACCCCAACUGCAAACUUAAAACCCUAGAUUUUCUCUUUCUCAUAAACAAGAGAAGGAGAAGAAGAAGAUCAAUGGUUGAUCAUGAAGGUAUCGAAGCAAAAGUCCCAUUCAUAUGUUCUUCUAUUCUUCUAUCUUUCCAUUGUGACCUCACAAGCGUUUGUUCAUAAUUUCUUUGAAACCCAACAAGAAGAUGGGAAGGUUGAUGAUCAUGUUACAAUUGAGAUUUCUCCGAAUAUUGAGAGCAAUCCUCUCGCUAGUAAUAAUAAUAUAAUUGGGAUGGAAAUGGAAGAAUGUGAUAAUGAAGAUGAAGAAUGUCUGAAGAGGAGUAUUAGUGAUCAGGCUCACUUGGAUUACAUCUACACUCAGCAAUCCAGGCCUUAAUUAUCUACUAAUUCUUGACUUGAUUUUUCCCAUUACCUUAUAAUAAUAAUAUAAACUAGUUGAUGAUCAAACAUGUGGAAAUAAUUGAUACUAAUUAUUAAUGUUAUUUUAAUUGUAAAUCAGAAGUUUAAUAUUAAAAUUGUACUGCUGUAAAUUAGAGUGGUUAGUUUAUACAUUGACAUAUAGUUUGUCAUU